AUGCAUGUUUUUCCUAUUUAUUUGCUUAUUGCUAAGGUUUAUCGUAUUAAAGAAAGAAUGGAAGAAAAAGAGGGUAUUCCUCCGAUACAACAGCGACUUAUUUUUGGCGGCAAACAAAUGUCAGAUGAGCGAACGGCAUCUGAGUAUAAUUUGGAAGGAGGCAGUGUGCUACAUCUUGGUGAGUAA